UGCCUUGAACCUUGGAUAUAAAGACCUGCCAGCCAAAGUCUUCUUCCUGCCUUAGUAAUGUUCCAGAGGUUAAAUAACAUGCUCAUGGGAGAGAUUGAUAGCCUGUCCAGCCAAGAGCCAGAGUUCAGUGAGAAAGAAGAUGAUGAGUGGAUUCUGGUUGACUUUAUAGACGCUUGCACUACCUGCUCUGCGGAGGAAGCGGACGUGGCUGAAGCGUCGGCUGCGGACGGCUCGCCGGUCUUCUCCUGUUUGCCCUCUCCCUUGGAACACUUGCCAGAGGCCAGCGAGUCCUGCUUCAUCCAGUUUGAGUCGUGUCCUAUGGAGGAGAGCUGGUUUAUUACCCCUCCCCCGUGUUUUACUGCAGGUGGAUUAACCACUAUCAAAGUGGAAACCAGUCCGAUGGAGAACCUCCUAAUAGAGCACCCCAGCAUGUCUGUGUAUGCUGUCCACAAUACCUGCCACAGCCUUAAUGAAACUGGAUGUGGAGAUGAGGAGUUUCACAGCCCAGGUAGUCCCAGACUGGAGGCCCGGAAUGAAGCGGGGCAGCGCCUUCACUGCUACGUCACAGCUCUUGCAGCUCGUUCAGCUUUCCUGGAGAAAAACAAGAGCUUGCGUCCUGCCCACUGGAUCAAAGAGCACCAGGAGAGACACUACCCCAGCAGGAACGGGCUGCGGCGCCAGAACCUCGCCAGGGACUGCCACCCGCGGCAGCUCAAGCACAACGGACUGUUUGUUCACCAGCCUUGCCAGCGGCCGUUCAAUUACUGAGGCUUCUCCUGGGUUUAAUCUAGGGGCUAAUUGUUGGGGGGGUUGUGUGUGU